GGAGGGAGUGUUGAUCCCGCGAAUAUUAAUGCAGGGGAUUGACGCAAUGACAUUCUGGAACUCGCACGGGCCAUUCGAGAGGCCGAUAAUCAAAAGGCGCAGCUGCCGAAAGUUCAAGUUCCCCUCUUCGAUGGCACCAAUGCCUCAACAUGGGCGGACAAGUUUGAACAACUGGGCAGCUGUUGUGAAUGGACGAGUGAGAAGAUGCUUCAAAUGGUGAAGCGAUAUUGUAUGGUCGAAUACAAAGAGGAAGUGUCGGAGUUGGUGCAAGCCUCGUGCGACUCGCCGGACUUUAAGGCCAAAUUACUGGACAAGUACCAAUUGGGGGAUCAACUGCUCGACCUGGCCGACUUACGGAAAGUCAGACGUCGGAAGUUUGGUACGACCAAGCAGUUUCUCACGGAAUUUGAACGAGUCGCGCGCUUAGUGCCUGAUCUUCCUGAUAAGGAUCGGUGCCUUAUCUUCCUCGAUAACUUUUCGAAAGUUGAGCAGCGGGAACUGAUGAAGGAUAUGACCGGACGAUACGACUGGCCAAAGAUCAAGGAGAAUUUGUUGGCUGGAAGCUUCGACCAGAUGCUUUACCGUCUCCUUAAGCAGCAAAAGGAGGACCGCGAGAAGGAAGGGGUAAGCGCGGACAAGGAUCAAGCCGUUUACAAGACCCUGACUGACAUGCGGAACAUGAUGGUUGACAUGAAGGAGGAAAGGUUACAGCUACAAGUGAUGAUGGUCCAGACAAAAGGUGGAAAGAGGAAGGGGAAAGCUCCCGUUGUGGAGAAGGUGAGCAGUAGCAGCAGUGAAGAGGAAGAUGAGGAAGAAGUGGAGCCCCCUCAAAAAUUGACUAAAGCGAGACGGAAGGCCUUAAACCAGAUACGAGGAGGGCAAGGCACUAGUAAAAAGCAGCGGAAGAAUAAUGGAGGAGGUGGACAAGGAAGCAACCAGGAACAGGCGGCGCAGGCCCCUCCUAAGCAACCCCAACCUCAAGCAGGAGGCCGAGGCCGAGGUCGAGGUAGAGGACAAGGCACUGGGGGAGGCCGAGGAAAUGGAGGCGGCCGAGGCAAUUGGCAGAAUUGGUUUUGCAAGUACUGCGGACAAGAUGGGCAUGGGAUACGGUUUUGUCAGACCGUUACCAAAGAUGAAAACGAUAAGAUUGAGUUGGAAGCGGCGAUGGAGUCAUUGGCGAUUGAAGAUGACAAGACCGCAGAUGAAAGUUUGAGCAAAGAGCAGAAAGAGAUAUUGCAUCGAGCCCAGUUGGUGGUCAGAAAAAUGACUCGAUGCAGGGAAGCUUUCGUUCAAGUAUGUGCCGACAUGAAUGAAGAGUGGCCCAGGCUUCCCCAAGUUUUUCUGUUUGGAGGAUGGGACAGAGAUGGCCAAGGAGAUCUUACUGAUGUUACCGCAUCACAGCCUGGAUCGCCGUCGGCAGGGCGUUUGAUUGCCACCACGAUUUUGUCCCGUCCUGCUUUCAAGCGACCUGCCACCGCUGGUCUCCCACAAGCUCGGAGGGCUCGAAGGCCGCCGCGGCCAAGGGCAGCGCCAAAAGAAGGACCAAGUCAGCCUCGGAAAACCGAGACAGUUUCAAUUGAAGAAGACGAUGGUGAGGAGGACGAAUUGUUGCGGGCUGAGGAUGAGCGGCAGGCCAAACAACGGGCCAUGGAGAGGGAGCCAGAAACAGGCAGGGUCGAUAUUGGAGAGGGUGAUUUGAAAAAGAAGAAGCAAGUUUACACGACUCCGGUAGAGCACGGGCUGGAUAUUGAGCAAAUCGUGGACCCGAUUUUGGAAAGCCAGCGUGAUCUAUUCACGCUCAAGGAAUUCUUGGUCGCAUCACCGAAAAUUCGAGAGGAGUUCAGACACCGAUUGUCAAGAAAAAAGGUGAUGACGGUUAAGAUGAGACUGCGAGAAGGGGUGUUGGACGUUGCCACAGGGACGGUACCGCCAAGGUGGAAGUGCNCGCUGCCGGAUUUUGUGGCAACAGUAUUGUACACAGGACUGCGAGAAGGGGUGUUGGACGUUGCCACAGGGACGGUACCGCCAAGGUGGAAGUGCACCUUGGAACAGAAGGGUGUAACGAUCGUCUUGUUGACGGCGUUGCGGCACGCGGCACUUGUGGGAUGGGAGAUGCGUGUGAGAAGGAAUUAGCAUUGUUUGCUCGAGAUAAUAAUGGGGAUGCUUACCUCUCUCCCAUUCAACCUGAAUGCAUGUGACAGAAAGGAGGAGAAACAAAAAUAAUACUGGAAG